AUGGAUCGGGAGAGUAAGAUUUAUUUAAGUAUUCUGCAGUGCAAUUUAGAAAGAAGUAUCUCGGCUACUUCUUUGCUCAGUAAGCAGUUAAAAUAUUAUGAUUUGGCACUGAUACAAGAACCAUAUUGUCGUAAAAACAUUCCAUCAUGCCUCCCCACCUUCUGCCCUAUCCUUAAAGGAACAAAUCAAUUCCCUUGGGCCAAUACCCUCAUGCCGAUUACUAGUUUAUCAAUACUUUAUCAUGAGAAAUAUAGUAAUGAAAAUAUCAUUGUCUCAGAGAUUAUGAUUCAAGAAGAAAGAAUCAUUAUUCUGAACGUUUAUUUCCUGGGAGGAGUUGACACUAAAAGUUUUAUCGAUGAUUUACAAAGAAUAGUCGAAGCUUUUCAAGAGAUUCAUAUAAUUAUGGCAGGGGAUUUCAAUGCACAUUCCCCUGCUUGGAGAGGGGAUAAUUUGGACAGACAGGGCCAUCUUCUUGAAGAAUUCUUGGCAUAUAAUGAUCUGUUGAUCCUGAAUAAUCCCUUUUCACCCCCCACAUUUAAUUCUGCAAGAGGUAGCUCAUGGAUUGACAUGGCUUUUUGUAGUGCUGGUUACUAUACUAGGAUUGAAAACUGGAGGGUACUUCCUGAUGAAACAUUAAGUGACCAUGAUUACAUUGCCUUUGACCUAACUGGUACUGAGGAUAAUCACACCUUGAUCUCUACUCCUCAAUGUAAGUAUGCUCUAAAUAGGGCUGCCUGGACAUAA